UACAGAAAAUUUAGCUGCAAACUCUCAUAAUGCGAUAAAUGAUCAUUUUAUCCAAAGGCGGACAAAACAUGAAACAUAGAAAACACUAAGCUGUCACUACCUAGUUUUCCGUUUCAAUAAUUGUUACGCACGUCGCUAAUUAUACAUACUUGCCAUCUACUUGCUGCGUUUUACCAAUUUAACGAUUAUAUAAUAUGGAAGGGCAAUUUCAAAUUCUGUUUGAUAAAAUGAAGGUCGAAAUGCAGAACCAAACUGCAGAGUUAAAAGAAUCGAUAACAAAAAAUGUAAUGAAACAUAUGGAGGAAAAAUUAACUCCCAUUAUAGAAGAAAACAAGACAUUAAGACUUAGAGUAGAAAAGUUGGAGAAGGAAAUUGAGUAUUUAAAUAGAGACAAAAGAAAUAAUAAUAUUAUUGUUUACGGUGUGGAAGAGAACGAAAGAUCGGAUCUGGAACUAUUGGAAGAGGUCAAGAAUAAUUUUAAAAAUGAUACGAAUAUUGAUAUUGACCCACGCGAUAUUAAUAAAAUACAUCGCAUCGGUAAGAAAUUAAGAGAAGGUAAUAAACCGAGGCCUAUAAUCUGUUCGUUUACAAGCAACUGGAAAAAGAACGAAAUCAUUAAGAAUAAAAAGAAAUUGAAAAAUAUCUAUGUAAAUGAAGACUAUCCAAAAGAAGUUUUAGAGAAGAGGAAAGCGUUGCAAGUAGAACUAAUUGAAGAACGUAAUAAGGGAAAAAUAGCAUACAUAAAAUAUGAUAAAUUAAUAGUAAAAGACCACAAUACAAACAAAGAAAAAAGAAAAAGAGAAACAUCCGUCUCGCCUUCUACUCAUGUUAGCCAUCCGAAUAAAUAA